GGGAGAGAGGGCGCACAUACAUCGGUGACGUCAAAAACCUCAGCGGAGCAGAGCGGAGGAGACCAGCCGCCGCUCUCUGCGCCUCUGCACGCGGCCGCCGCUUUUAAACACUACAGAGGAGGAGGAGGAACCGAGGCAGUCUGAUAGGGAGAGACCAGAGGAGGAGCAGGAGGAGGAGGAGGGUGAAGCUCAUCCUCGCGCUGCACGGAGACGCAUCGGACGCCUUAUUUACUUACUGACUGGGAGCAUGCCUGUUUGCCUCGCGCAGUCAGACAGGUGCUAUCAUCACGCGGGAUGGAGCUCUGGUCUUGAAUGUGGAGGCUCACGCGCAGCAACAAGUUUGAGAUGAUCAAUUUUCUCUGGAUUCUUAAUUUGGAUUUGAUGGAUUUGUUGCUCUGCCUUUUCCCCCACGGCUGCUGAUCAUUUUUGGGAACCGUAAGGGAAAAACUGGGAUUUCCUUCAUCGUGGUAAUUUGAAACAUAAUCUCACUUUGCGACCCGCCUCGUUUUUCAGGGGUCCUGGUUUGGCGCGGCGCCGAGACCCCCCGAUGGUGCCAACGGUGUGGUCACAGUGGCUCAGGUUGCUGCUGCUGUGUGGACGCACCAGCCGGUGAUUUUACUACACAGGGAUUAUGAUGGGUGGUCCAGGAGAGGCGGGAGUGGUACCAGUGCUUCUUUAAGGGAUCUGCUCUCUUGACAAUGACCUCCAGCCGCGCUCUGCCCCGCGCCGUUCACACCCCAACCCGAAAGAAAAGCACGCGCCCUCGGUUCGAUGCGCACGAGAAGACGUCGUGCCCCUAGAACCGCUGAUCCGACUGACAGUCCGGAGUGGAGGAGAAGAAGGAGGAGAAGGGGGGAGACACAUUGACACAGACGAUCGGAGCUGAGGCGGAGGGAUGGAGCUGUCGGAGGUGCGCUGCUCCAGCGCCACUGAGGAGCUGUACACCAUCAACAAGACGCCCAGCAGCAGCGACAACAGCAGCGGCAGCGGCGGCGGCAGCGCGCGGCCAAAACGGCUGCUGUGGCAGAACGCGGUGCGGCACAUCACCGAGCAGCGCUUCAUCCACGAGCAGGGCGGCGGCGGCGGGGUCAAAGACGACCCCUUUGACCCGAUCCAGGGCGCGCGGAAGCAGUCCGCGGGUCGGACCUCGGUAGGGGACCGGCACAACAACGGUGGGACCAAAGUGUUCCCUGAGCGCGCCAGCAGCGACCUGGGGUUCCUCCAAAUAGACUGCGCGCCCAGCAACUCGGACUUCUUCUUGAACUGGGGCUACACAUACCGGGGCGUCAUCUUCCCCACGCUGCGGAACGCCUUUAAGUCCCGCGACUUGGAGCGGCUCUACCAGCGCUACUUCUUGGGCCAGAGGCGCAAAUCCGUGGUGGUGAUGAACAUCCUGGACGUGGUGACCAAACUCACCCUGCUGGUGCUGCACCUCACCCUGGCAUCCAGCCCCAUGGACCCCAUCAAGGGGAUGCUGCUGGGCUUUUUCACCGGCAUAGAGGUGGUCAUUUGUGCCUUAGUGGUGGUGCGGAAGGACACCACCUCGCACAGCUACCUGCAGUACAGUGGAGUGGUCACCUGGGUGGCAAUGGCCACGCAGAUCCUGGCGGCCGGCCUGGGCUACGGUCUGCUGGGGGACGGGGUGGGGUAUGUCCUUUUUACGCUGUUCGCCACCUACAGCAUGCUGCCGCUGCCGCUCACCUGGGCUAUCCUGGCCGGGCUCUUCACCUCCGGGCUGCACAUCCUGGUCCAGCUGCUCAUCUCCGAGAGCGCACAGCUCUUCACUAACCAAGUCGCAGCUCAGGCUGUGCUCUUCAUGUGUAUGAACACUGCUGGGAUAUUCAUCAGUUACCUGUCUGACCGGGCUCAGCGGCAGGCCUUCCUCGAGACCCGGCGCUGCAUCGAAGCCCGCCUGAGACUAGAGACAGAGAACCAGAGACAGGAACGUCUGGUGUUAUCUGUGCUGCCACGUUUUGUAGUUUUAGAAAUGAUCAACGACAUGACAAAUGUAGAGGAUGAACACCUCCAGCAUCAGUUCCACAGAAUUUACAUCCACCGCUAUGAGAAUGUCAGCAUUCUUUUCGCAGAUGUUAAAGGCUUCACAAACCUUUCCACGACGCUCUCUGCUCAGGAGCUAGUACGAAUGUUGAAUGAACUCUUCGCACGUUUCGACCGUCUUGCACACGAGCACCACUGUCUACGAAUAAAGAUUUUGGGAGACUGUUACUACUGUGUAUCUGGCCUACCUGAGCCCAGACCUGACCAUGCUCACUGCUGUGUGGAGAUGGGACUAAGCAUGCUCAAAACAAUCAGAUAUGUCAGAUCACGUACAAAACACGACAUCGACAUGCGCAUCGGGAUCCACUCGGGCUCAGUGCUGUGCGGCGUCUUGGGUCUCAGGAAAUGGCAGUUUGAUGUCUGGUCCUGGGACGUGGACAUUGCCAACAAGCUGGAGUCUGGAGGCAUACCAGGGCGAAUCCACAUUUCCAAAGCAGCUUUGGAUUGUUUAAAUGGUGACUAUGAGGUGGAGGAAGGGCAUGGGAAGGACCGAAACGACUUCCUUCGUCGCCACAAUAUCGAGACGUACCUGAUAAAGCAACCUGAGGAGAGCCUGCUCACCCUGCCGGAGGACAUCAUGAAGGAGGCAGCCAGCUCGGCCGACCGGCGGGCCAGCAGCGCCACCUUUAACGAGGCCUCCUGGAGUCCUGAGCUCCCUUUUGACAACAUCGUCGGGAGCCAAAACUACUCACAGAUGAGGGACGAGGUUUUCAAGUCCAACCUGGUCUGCGCCUUUAUUGUGCUCAUCUUCAUCACUGCUAUUCAAAGCCUGCUUCCCUCUGCCAGAAUGAUGACGAUGGUGAUCCAGUUUUCCAUCCUGAUCAUCCUCCACUCCUGCCUGGUUCUCGUCACGACAGCAGAGGACUACAAAUGUUUGCCUCUGGUCCUGAGGAAAGCCUGCUGCUGGAUUAAUGAGACGUACACAGCAAGGAACGUCAUCAUCUUCGUCUCAAUCCUUAUUAAUUUCCUUGCAGCAAUGAUCAACAUUCUGUGGUGUGACUUCGAUAAGCCCAACAUCUUCAAGAACCAGACGUACAACGAGUCUGCCUCCAUUCCAGACAUCUGCUUCUACCCAGAGUAUUUUGUGUUCACAGGAGUGCUGGCGAUGGUCACCUGCGCCGUGUUCCUGCGGCUGAACUCCGUGCUGAAACUGGCCGUGCUGCUGGUGAUGAUCGCCAUCUACUCUCUGCUGACCGAAGCUUUCUACACCUCUCUGUUUGUUCGUUACGACACCGUCCACCACAACACAGAGAACUUCUUGGGAACCAAAGAGACGUCUUUGCUCCUGAUGGCCAUGUUCCUUCUCGCCGUGUUUUACCAUGGUCAGCAGCUGGAGUACACUGCCCGGCUGGACUUCCUGUGGCGUGUCCAGGCGAAAGAGGAGAUCAACGAGAUGAAGGAGCUGCGAGAACACAACGAGAACAUGCUGAGGAACAUCCUGCCCAGCCACGUGGCCCGGCACUUCCUGGAGAAGGACCGGGACAACGAGGAGCUGUACUCCCAGUCCUAUGAUUCUGUGGGUGUGAUGUUCGCCUCCAUCCCAGGCUUUGCCGAUUUCUACUCCCAGACUGAGAUGAACAACCAGGGAGUUGAGUGUCUGAGGCUCCUCAACGAAAUCAUCGCUGAUUUUGAUGAGCUGCUGGGCGAGGAACGCUUUCAGGACAUCGAGAAGAUCAAGACCAUCGGUAGCACUUACAUGGCCGUCUCUGGUCUGUCACCAGAAAAACAGCAAUGUGAAGAUAAAUGGGGUCACCUAUGUGCGUUGGCGGACUUCGCUAUCGCCCUAAACGAGAGCAUCCAGGAGAUCAACAAGCAUUCAUUCAACAACUUUGAGCUACGGAUCGGAAUGGCUCACGGCUCUGUGGUGGCAGGAGUCAUCGGUGCAAAGAAACCGCAGUAUGACAUCUGGGGAAAGACGGUGAACCUGGCCAGCCGAAUGGACAGCACCGGCGUGAGCGGGAAGAUCCAGGUGCCUGAGGACACCUACCUGAUCCUUAAGGAGCGAGGCUUUGCCUUCGAGUACCGUGGCGAGAUCUACGUCAAGGGCAUCAGUGAGCAGGAGGGCAAAAUCCGGACACACUUCUUGCUGGGCCGGGUACAGCCCAACCCGCUCAUCCUGCAGCCUCGUAAAAUCACCGGCCAGUACUCGCUGGCGGCGGUGGUGCUGGGCCUGGUGCAGUCGCUCAACCGGCAGAAGCAGAAGCAGAUUCUCAACGAGAACAACAACUCUGGCAUCAUGAAGGGCCACCACCACUACAACCGAAGGACGUUGUUGGCGGCUGGUGGGGCCGAGGUGGGCGGGGGCCAUCACGCUGAAGCACCUGAAAAGACUGAUUUGUCCUGAAGCACACAGCCGAGUUUUGGGUCCACAUUGAUUCCUUAGAGUCAGAACUGCUCAGAAACCUUGUCUCUGGUUGAGUUAAACCUCAGUGGGUGAAGCAUUGCAAAUAUGUUUUUGCUCAAUAAUCUUUAGUUCUUGAUACUGUCUGAUUUCCCUGAAUUU